UUCAAAUUUUAUUUUGUCAACAAAAUAGACAAAAUAUUGUAAAUAAGCGAAAAUAAAAUAAUUAAGCCGAUUAAAAAUAUCAUGUGAUGUAUUUAUAUUAAUUAACAGUCUGGUUAAUCUUAGGUUUCAAAGAAAUGGCCUCAUCUGGAGAAGGACCUCCUGAAGAUGGAGUUUUCGACCUUCUCACUGAAUUGUGCAGUAACACUGCAUCCAAAUAUUGUUCCCACAACCGUAUAUCACAGAAACGGCUCACCAACAAGAUGCGGACCCAUGCUUAUGAGAUAAUCCUGAAGAAAACUACGAAGGAAAUACCUACCAGUGACAAUGAUCCAGUGGUUGAUUUGUUAUCGUUCUACUUAGUUUCUCAUCAGAACGCAAAGAACGUUGCAGAGUAUAAAAGAUGCGUGGAGUUGAAAAAAGCUAUAAGUACAAUACGACGGCAUGAUUUUGGAGAAAAUAAGGAUAACAUUGAUAGUGUGCUUAAAUUCCUGGUAGGAUUGAGUAAUUCUGUAAAGGAGGAUUUGUCCCCAGAAAUGUACAAGAGUCCAUUUUCAUUUGGCCUAUUCAAUGAAAUGCUACCGAAACCUCCUCGUGAAGUGUUUGGAUCUCCACAGCCAUAUCCUUACUUCCCAUCUCAUGUGUUCGAUUUGCCAUACUCUCUGCGGCGCCAGGGAAGAAUGCUGGACAGCCAGAUUUCUCAAACUUACACCGAAUACACUGUAGAAAGUUUCGAUUCUAGAGCUUUGCUAGCUGAUACAGCAUCUCAACAGAAGUCAGAAGUGAAGACAUUCCUGAGCCCUAUGUCUCUAGCAUCCAUGACUUCCACCCACUUGUCUCCUUAUUCAGAAAGCUUGGUGAACUAUACUCGGCUCACUGGCCCAAGAGACCUACAGAUUCCCUCAUCACCACAUACUGAGGCCAAUAUAAAGGUGUCUUUCACAAGCACAAAUGAGAAGCUGGACAUGAAGGAGGUGUUCCGAGCGAAGACAGACGACGAGUCGCUCGACAUCUGGGAGCUGGCGACACAAAUAGACAAAGACGUGCCCAACGAUAUCUGGGAGAUUGUUUCAAAGUUGCCCCCAAUAACCGAACGACAGCUGAUCGCGAGCUCGUCACGUGAACUAGGGCUGUGGAAACGGAUAUACGCAGACAAAAUGGACUCCUUGAAGGUCGUGUCGGAAAGACAAUUCAUACGGCAUAUCAUGUACCUCAUCAUCGGCGUCGAAACUAGCUCGUUUCCCUACAACGAGGAGACAGACCCCCUCUCUCUCGCAGAAGUUGGCGUCGAGACCAGCUCGUUUCCCUACAACGAGGAAACAGACGCCCUCUCUCUCUCAGAAGGCGUGGUCUUAGAGGGCGUGUCGCGGCCGCGCCUCUGUCGCUACAGCGCGGCGUUAGCACACGCGGUUGGCGUCGAAACUAGCUCAUUUCCCUACAACGAGGAGACAGACGCCCUAUCUCUGGCAGAAGGCGUGGUCUUAGAAGGCGUGUCUAAGCCGCGCCUCCGUCGCUACAGCGCGGCGUUAGCACGAGCGGUCGGUGUAGAGACCAGCUCCUUCCCCUACAACGAGGAGACAGACGCUCUCUCUUUGGCAGAGGGCGUGGUAUUAGACGGCGUGUCGCGAUCCCGCCUCCGUCGCUACAGCGCUCCGCUGGCGCUUUUAUGCUUUGGCGUCGAAACCAGCUCGUUUCCCUACAACGAGGAGACAGACGCCCUAUCUCUGGCAGAGGGCGUGGUCUUAGAGGGCGUGUCUAAGCCACGCCUCCGUCGCUACAGCAGCGCGGCGUUAGCACGCGCGGUUGGCGUUGAGACCAGCUCGUUCCCCUACAACGAGGAGACAGACGCCCUAUCUCUGGCAGAGGGCGUGGUCUUAGAGGGCGUGUCUAAGCCCCGCCUCCGUCGCUACAGCGCGGCGUUAGCACGCGCGGUUGGCGUCGAAACCAGCUCAUUUCCCUACAACGAAGAAACAGACGCUCUCUCUCUGGCAGAAGGCGUGGUUUUAGAGGGCGUGUCGCGGCCCCGCCUCCGUCGCUAUAGCGCUGCGCUGGCGCUUUUAUGCUUUGGCGUCGAAACUAGCUCAUUUCUCUACAAUGAGGAAACAGACGCUCUCUCUUUCGCAGAGGGCGUGGUUUUAGAAGGCGUGUCUCGACCGCGCCUCCGUCGCUACAGCGCGGCGUUAGCACGCGCGGGCUCGCACUACAGACGCUGA